UUCGAAAUUUGAGAUUUUGGUUGCCGCGGCGGGAGCGCUGGUCAGCAUGGAGGACGACCAUACGUACAACAUCACAUCGAACCCAUGGGGCAAUCUGCAAGAAUUCUGUCCAAAGGUCAUUGCGCCAACGGUGACGCUGGGUGCUGAAUUAAUGGAGUUGCAUGCGUUUUUGACGAACCAGAAACCCAAUGGCGACGUCGAUGCAGCCAUCAAAGCCAUGAACAAGAAGGAUAUAGAGGCGAAGAAGCGUGAGUUGGAGAACUGGAACUUUCGAUUGUACUUGGACGAGGGCAAGGAAAUGCAGCGCGGUCAGCAGCUCAAAAUACUGUCGAGCGACUUUCCCAUGGGUACCCAUGGCAAAGGUGGUACCAAGAGUGCUACAGCAGUCUCGUUGUCUCCUUCGACAAAUGGAACCGCGGGGAAUGGUCUCGGUCGUAGCAGCAGCUCCACCACCAGCAAGCGUCUUCGAAGGGUGUAAACUCUGGAAUUAUAUACUAACAGCUUCCGUACGAGAAUCCCCAUCCCCUGAACAGCAAGCACAAAUGAACGCUCCAACGAGCGUGGCAGUUCAGAUUCGG